AUGGCGUCGGUCGUGCGAUCGACAGCCCUCCGUGCCGGCGGUGCUUGUGUGCGCUGCCGGAAGGGCAAGACCAAAUGUGUCUACGAGAACGGCCGCUCGCCGUGCAAGAACUGCGCCAAAGGGAUGCACGAAUGCUAUCUGCCCUCCGAGUCGAUGAGCCACGGCGGCCACGGUGUCUCGCCGGCGCGUGUCCAGCAGCGAGCGCGAGAGUCGCUCCCUACCGAACGCGCAGUUUCCAGCACCGCAGGCGACCGCCAGGCGCCUCCCCCUUCUACUGUGCCACGGCACAUCUCGACCACCACUGAAAAGCUUACUCCGGAGUUGAUGCAAGAGGCUGAGCGUGUCAUCUCCAAGACACUGCCGGCAUGUGUGGCCUUCCACAAGCCUUCUUUCCUCCAGCAGCUCAAGAACACCUCUAUGGACCCGACCAUGGUCAACGCUUUGUUGACCACUGCAGCUCGCCACUCUCCAGCCAUGAUUCGCCGGUAUGGUGGCCACGCCGGGAGUUCAGCCGCCGCGGAGCAUUUCGCCAGCAAAACUAUCAGCCUCGUCAUGCAAGCCAUGGACCAACCUAGCCUCGCUGAUAUCCAGGCCCUCUGUCUGCUGGUGAUCCACGAGUGGGGUUGCCGCAAUGCUGUUCGGGCCUACGUCUACCUCGGACAGGCUGCUCGUAUGGCCCAAAUGUACCGCGUCGUUCAUACCCACACCCACCAACCUGAGCCCGACCAGUUUCUCCAGGACGAAUCUUUCCGCCGUACUUUGUGGCUCAUCUACAUCCUUGACUGCUUCCUCACUAGCAGCCCGGGUCGCCACCCUGCCCUGUCCUCGCAUGAUGUCAAGGGCGUGUCGUUGCCAUGCCUUGACAUGAACUACCACUUUGGUAGCCCGGUCUAUGUCCGCACUCUUAACGAUGCUUCGCCGCCUGCUCUGGCGGAGCCCAACGCGCCCCUCGCCGAGGUCGGCGAAUUUGGCCACAUCGUAUUGGCGACCAAGGCUUGGCGCAACGUCGUGGAGAUGAUGACAACGACUACGCUUGACACCUUUUCAGAGGAGCAGUGCUUGGCCCUAGAGCAGCAGAUCGACCUGAUCCGCCAAUCUCUUCCCUUGCAUUUUGCCGACAAGCCCGGCCAGAUCAACCUGCACAUCACCAUGGGGAGCGGCUAUACGUAUGCCAUGAUCCACUCGCUCCUGAACUGCGGCACCAUCUUUGUGAACCGCCGCCGCAUCCUACAGGUUGUUACGGACGAGAGCUUUACUCUUGAGACCUGGCGCCUUUCUGCACAUACCCACAUGCAGACCGUCGACCGCAUCUUUGCCGCGUCGCACAGCAUCAUCCACUCCCUCUUGGCGCUCGAGCACGGCGCUGACAAGGAUAGCAUCCUCUGCUUCCCCAUCUUCAUGCUCUUCUCGGCCUUUACCGCUGGCUCUACGGUUGCCUAUCUCGCUCUCAAGGGGCUCGCCCCUCCCGACGUCUCCGAGUCGGCUGCGGGCAUUGUGCGCGACAGCCUGCGGCUUUGCCAGGAUGGAUGCGAAUCUUGGCCCCUUGUUAUUCCUUGGCAACGCCAUCUUUCCGUCAUGUCCAAGGUCCUUCGCGAGGUGAAUAGUGCUCCCCGCGAUGCCCGUGAGGAUGGCAAGCUGGCCCCUCGUGCCUCGCCUUCCGUCAAGGACGACGUGCUCAGCCAAGCAGAUACAAACCCUGAGCCCAUGGACUAUGACCAGACCAGCCUCUCUCAAGUCCCCCCCCCGCCGAGCACUGAAGGCGGCCGAGAUAGCGAGCCUCCCGUCCAGAGACGGCCCGGCGUAACCACGAUCAACGGCGGAUCUGUUGGCGGGUCAACGCCAGCGACUGCCACGGCUAGCCCACCGCCACCAAGUCUCAUUCCCAAGGCCGACUCGCCUGGCGCCGCGUCCUCGACGUCCGCCGCCGUUCACCAAGCGCCUCCGCAAGGCCCGGAUGUGGACAUGUCCGCCAUGGAGCUCUGUGCAGCUUUUGAGCGCCAGCUCCUCGAGCUUGACGACCUGGCUGCAUUCAUGGGAGGCGGCGUGUGA